GCGUCUAUAAGUACCUGUGACAGCUGACUUCACCCAAGAUGAAUCUUAUUUUGAUUAUCAGGAUCAAUCAAAGUCAUAGAAAAUACUGGUAUUAUCAUAUUUUUGUGAGCAGUUGGAACCGGAAAUACGUCACAACUCAACCAUCUAUAGCGGGCUCCCUGUGUCGAGCCCUGUGAUUGGCCAGACAUACCAAAGGCGCCAUUUUGAUUUUUCAUUGUCGUGUUUCCAUCAAAACAACAACAACAAAACAAGACUUCAAUACUUUUAUACGAGAUGGAAGGAAAAGUUAGUGAUAAUGAAUAAAGCCUCAAAAGGAUUAAAUGAGAAUGAGACUGAGGCAUCSACAGUUCAAGAGAGUGAAAAAACACAGCCUGCUGGAAAAUCACUUAAAAGUACGGUUGAUAGAGUACGGCUUAGACUCAAGGUAGCAAGUGUUCUUGGUGGAGCAUUACAAAAGGAAGAGGAUGACAAGGAUAUUGCCAGAGAGAAAGAAUUUCAUGCAGUGUUUCAUGCUAAACAAAAUCAGGAAGAAGACCCUCUGCUGCAGAAUGAAAAUGAUGAAGAAAACAUGUGGGACAUAGUAGACAUGGAUGAAGAAGCUAUUGAAGAAUAUGCGUCCAAUGAACUAGUGGGUCAAUUCCUGUCUAACAAAAUGUUCAGGACAGGAAUUCUGGGGAUCAUUUUGUUUAACAGUCUGCUGAUUGUUGUGGAAACAAAUGAAGAAUUGGAAAAGGAGUACAAUCAUUUGUUUUCUGUGCUUGAUCAGUGUCUGAUGACAAUAUUCGUGUGUGAGAUCCUACUCAAGUGGUACCAUGGAUUUUUCAUGUUCUGGAAAAUGGGAUGGAAUGUGUUGGACUUCUUUAUUGUGGCUUCUUUACUGCUGGGACCUUUGCUUAGUAAAGAUUCAGGAAGUCGAGGUGUGCUUAGGAUCCUCAGGGUUCUUCGAGCGUUCAGGAGUUUGAGAAGUAUUAGUUCGUUACCUGGGUUACAGAUUGUGGUACAGACAAUCUUACAGUCCAUUCCUGACAUGGCCAAUAUCGUUCUUCUUCUUGUCAUCAUCAUGUUGGUGUUUUCAGUGAUCGGCAUUACUCUAUUCAGAGACACUGUGCCUAAAUACUUUGGUAGCCUAUCAACUGCCAUGUUUACUUUAUUUGUUUGCCUAACUCAAGAUGGAUGGAUGGAGAUAUUUGGAGCAUUCCAGAGUCAAGGCGACACUACCUACAUUGGUGGAGGGAUUUUCCUUCUCGUCUUUAUUGCCAUCGGGGCUUUCGUCUUUGCUAAUUUGGUGGUAGCUGUGGUGGUCACGAACCUGGAAUUUGCCAUGGUCGCUGUUAAAAACGAAGGAAAAGAAAGAGAAGCCGAUGACCUCAAAAGUAAACUAGAAGCCGAAAAUGACUUGGUAAACAUUGUCAGCCCUGACGAUAUUCCUGCCUGUAUUUUCAAUAAGCAGAUGCCUUACCAAGUUCCUGAGUUCAAAAAUCUACCAAUUGAUCAGCUUGAAAAUUACAUCACCGUAAUCUUUGCCCUGGAAAAUAAUCUCGCAGAAUAUAAGAAAAUAAAGGCUGGGAUUGUUGAGAUAUUUUCAGAGGUGUCUGAACUUCAAGAGAAAGCAAAGAAAGAAGGAAUACUAAAAGAAGGAGGAGACAGUCACAACUUACCAAGUCAAGGACAGUUGCCGAUGAGUGGUGAUGUGAUCUCCAACCUGAUGGAAAUGGAGAGUGGACGUGUUUUUGACUCACAUAAAGAUACCUUAUCUACCAUGUUGAAGGAAGGUGCAAAACGCGUGAAACAUGGAUCAAGAAGAUCUUCCCAACGAUCUGCUGGAUUACCAACAACACCUUUCAGUGGCAUAUUCAUCUUUAACUGGAUUCACCAUCACGUCCAUCCUAGUCAAGGGCUCCAUUGACUGUAUUCAAAAAUGCUUGGAACAUCCACACUGUG